GCGGGCGGUGGCUGCGCCUGCCGGGCGGUGGAGAGGCCGCGGCCGCCAUGGGCGCCCCGGUGAGGCGGGGCUGAGCCCCCGGGACCCCUUUCCCUGCCCUGGGCCUGCCCGGGCCUCUGCCGCUCGGAGCGAGUGACUGAGCGCGGCGGCUUUCUUGGCGUGCGGGCCUGCGCCCCGCUCCCUCCUCGCGUCCCGGCCCCUUUCCCUCCCCUCCCCGCACCCGGGCCGGCCCCGCUCGCUCUCCAUCGCCGGCAGUAACUGCGGCCGGCGAGGCACCGGCGUCUCCCCGCUCGGGGGCCUCCCCGGUGCUCGGGCUUUCCCUUCCCUCGCCGUCCCCCACUCCGACCCGGCGCCCCGCGUCCGCUCCCGGUGCUCCAUGUCGGCCCCGCUGCCCGGCUCCCCGCUGCAGGAUGGAUGCAGACGCUGACCGGGGAUCCACCCCGCCGGCCCAACCUCCCAGCUCCGCCGCGAGGAGCCCUUGGGACCCUCCUCUGUUGCAGCUGCAACGGCAGCCGCGGCCGGGCGCGCUCCCCGCUCAGUGACCGGCCCUUCUCUCGCCUCCCGCCGCCGCCUCGCCGCAGCCGCGCUCCCCCGGGGCACCAUGUCGGGGGGCACCACCGGCAGCGGCCCCCCGAGCCCCCGCUUCCUGGUGCCGCCGCCGCCGCCGCCCAAGAACGGCUCCAGCUCGGACAGCUCCGUCGGAGACAGGCUGGGAGCCGCCGAGCACGGAGCCUCCGGCGCCGGUGGAGCGGGCGGCGGGCCGGGGAACGGAGGCCGCAGCGAGGAGUACCGGCGCCGCCGCCACACCAUGGACAAGGACAGCCGAGGGGCGGCAGCCACCGAGCACCGCUUCUUCCGCCGGAGCGUGAUCUGCGACUCCAACGCCACGGCCUUGGAGCUGCCCAGCUUGCAGCCCGCAGCGCCCUCGGCCCCUGUCUCGGGAGGCAGCGCGGCUCCCUCGGUGUUCCCUCCCGAGGGGGCCGGCCGGGCCCCCUACGCCCCUGCGGCCGCCACCGAGGCCGACUCGCGGCCGCCGCCGCCCGCCCCGCUCCCCCUGGAAGGACAGGCUGCUGAGGAGCCCCCGGCCGCCAAGGAUGCCGCCCCGCUGCUGCCCAAGGAGGAGGAGGAGGGGGAUGAGGCAACUGCGCUACCCCCUACCAGCGCCGCCGGCAGCCUGUCUGCUGCCAGCCGGGAAUUUGAGGAGAGGAGGACGCAGCAGGAAGACAUCGAAGAGCUUGAGACCAAGGCGGUGGGCAUCUCUCCGGAUGGCCGCUUCCUGAAGUUUGACAUCGAGAUUGGAAGAGGCUCUUUCAAAACUGUGUAUAAAGGACUGGAUACUGAAACCACUGUGGAAGUUGCCUGGUGCGAGCUACAGGAUCGGAAGCUGUCCAAGUCAGAGCGACAAAGAUUUAAAGAGGAAGCUGGGAUGCUGAAAGGGCUUCAGCAUCCCAAUAUUGUCAGGUUCUAUGAUUCCUGGGAGUCUACAGUCAAAGGAAAAAAGUGUAUUGUUCUUGUGACGGAACUCAUGACGUCUGGAACAUUAAAAACGUAUUUGAAAAGAUUUAAAGUGAUGAAAAUUAAAGUCCUACGAAGCUGGUGCCGUCAGAUACUGAAAGGCUUACAAUUUCUACACACACGCACUCCUCCCAUCAUUCAUAGAGACUUAAAAUGUGACAACAUCUUCAUUACUGGCCCCACUGGAUCAGUCAAGAUUGGAGACCUUGGUCUGGCAACCCUGAAACGAGCUUCUUUUGCCAAAAGUGUGAUAGGUACCCCAGAGUUCAUGGCCCCCGAGAUGUAUGAGGAGAAAUAUGAUGAGUCCGUUGAUGUAUAUGCUUUUGGGAUGUGUAUGCUAGAGAUGGCCACGUCUGAGUAUCCCUAUUCCGAGUGCCAAAAUGCCGCGCAGAUCUACCGCCGAGUGACCAGCGGUGUCAAGCCAGCCAGCUUUGAUAAAGUAGCAAUCCCUGAGGUGAAGGAGAUCAUUGAGGGAUGCAUUCGGCAAAACAAAGGCGAAAGAUAUGCUAUUAAGGACCUUUUAAAUCAUGCUUUCUUCCAAGAAGAGACUGGAGUACGGGUAGAACUUGCAGAGGAAGAUGAUGGAGAAAAAAUUGCCAUUAAACUCUGGCUGCGAAUUGAAGACAUCAAAAAACUCAAGGGCAAAUACAAAGAUAACGAGGCAAUAGAGUUUUCAUUUGAUCUGGAAAGAGAUGUCCCAGAGGAUGUAGCACAGGAAAUGGUGGAGUCUGGCUAUGUCUGUGAAGGGGAUCACAAGACAAUGGCGAAGGCUAUCAAGGACAGGGUAUCUUUGAUUAAGCGCAAGCGAGAGCAGCGCCAGUCGGUGCAAGAAGAACAGGAGAACAUACUUCAGGAAGAAGGUAGUCAGAAGCAGCAGCUGGAGCAACAGCAGCCAUCAAGUGCUUCCCAUGCAGGGUCAAAGCAUCCCCAGUCUGUCACUGGUACCACUCCUGUCCCCACUGCUUCAGCAUCGGUUUCUACACAAGUGGAGCCUGAAGAGCCGGAAGCUGACCAGCACCAACAGCUGCAGUUCCAGCAACCCAGUAUAUCUGUUCUUUCUGAUGGAACAGUUGACAGUGGCCAGGGGUCAUCUGUGUACACUGAAUCUGUGAGCAGUCAGCAGACUGUGUCCUAUGGUUCCCAGCAUGAGCAGUCAGUCUCGAGCACCGGAGUCCAGGGAUACCCAGCUUCAGUUGGCCAAGUGCAGUCCCAGCAGCACGGAGGAUUUCAGCCACCUGCAGCGCCUCAACGUGGUCGUAGCAUGUCAGUUUGUGUCCCCCACCUUCCUGCUCUUCCCUGUAUGUCCUGCAUCCCUCUCAGUGCUCCUUGCACCCCACCACCAGCGCUGUCUGCACCUCUCUCUCCUUUCUACCUUCGGACUGUCCCUGAAGAAACCUUUGCAGAAAAGCUUUCUAAAGCCCUGGAAAGUGUCCUGCCCAUGCACUCUGCCUCUCCACGCAAGCAUCGACGCUCCAGCCUGCCCUCCCUCUCUGUCAGUCCUCCUCAGCAUCCUCGUGGGGGAACACCACCGUUCCCAGAUUCACAGAUAUUUUUCCCAACCGUUCAUGAACGGCCGGUGUCUUUCUCACCACCACCUGUCUGCCCGCCGAAGGUGGCAAUUGCUCAGCGGCGCAAGAGCACUUCAUUUUUGGAAGCCCAAACUUGCCACUUCCAGCCAUUGCUGAAGACUGGCCAGAGUUUAGUUCCACCUGGGGGUAGUCCCACCAAUUGGACUCCAGAGGCAUUUGUUAUGCUGGGCACAGCAGCUCAGAGAGUCGCUGGAGAGCCUCUGCAUGUGCAAGUAAAUCCCGUGUUUGAGCAAGCUCCCGUCCACAGUGACUAUAGAUCUGGACCAACACCUCCAGAGGAUGCUCACUACAGGAUGCAUCCGGAAGCUGUGUAUUUGGUGGGCAUGCACUAUCCAUCACAGACACAGGUGCAAGGCCAGCCAGCCUCAAGCAAUGCAUCAGUGCCAUCCCAGCCUACUCAACACACUCAGAGUGCACAGCAGCCAGCCUCUUCCCAACAGCCUGGACAGUACCAGCUGCAGCAGCCCUCAGUUUCUGCAAGCCCCACUCCUGCACAAACAGUCUCUCAAACUCAGACUUCACAGAUCAUGCCAAUGCCUCAGGCAGCAGCUGGGUCACAGCUUCCUGUUUCCCAAGCAGUGUCGAUCAUCCAAGGCGAGCCUCAAUUACCUGUUGCAGCAUCUUCUCUCCCUCAGCCUUCAGUUGCCCCAUCAGUCCCCAUUGGCUCUCAUUUUCUGCCCGUGGGACAGGCCUUGCCAGCUUCCGUGGUUCCCCAGUUCCCCGUGUCUCAGUUGCCUGUAGCAGCUCCUCACGUGCCAGUGGCUCAGCCAGCUUUCCAGUCGCUGCCCAUUUCCAUGGCAGCUGCCAUCAGUCAGCCGCUGCUCCCGCUGCCCACGUCCGCAGCCGCUGUUCCUGCGGGAGCGAGCGCUGUCCCUAGCCAGCUGCCCAGCCUGAUGCAGCCUGUGGCUCAGCUGCCCAGCCAGGUUCUCCUGCAGCCGCCUGGCCAGGCCGUGGGAUUGCCAGUCAGCAUUGGACAAGCUGCUGAAGCCUCACUUCCUGCUGCAGAUGCUCUUUACCAGGGCUUCCCAUCUCGGCCGACACCGCAGUACGCGGGGGACUCCAACGCCGCGCCGUCCUCGGCUGCGGCCGCCGCCAGCAUUCCUGCUGCUGUGCUGUCCCCUCCCCUGCCCGCUGAGGCCAUGGCCCAGCCAGGCUACCUUGCUCCUGUUGGGCAGCCCUAUGGGGAGCAGAACGUUCUAGCUUCCAUGGGCAGCCUGGGAGGGCAGGUCCAGGUGCCCCAGCCUCCCGGGAGUUUGGCCCAGCAGGCCUCGUCUGCCUCCUCCCAGCAGGCAGUGGUGGAGGGUACUCAGGGAGUCUCACAGACUGCUUCUUCAGAGACUCUGCCAGCAACACAGCCUGCUCAGUCCACCCCUUUGGCUUCUUCCAUGGAUAGUGCACAUUCUGAUGUUGCUUCAGGAUUGAGUGAUGGCAACGAGAAUGUCCCAGCCUCUAGUGGAAGGCACGAAGGCAGGACCACGAAACGUCACAUGCGGAGGUCUGUCCGCAGUCGCUCUCGCCAUGAGAAGACUUCUAGGCCGAAACUGAGAAUUCUAAAUGUUUCUAACAAAGGUGAUCGGGUAGUGGAAUGCCAGCUAGAGACACACAAUCGGAAAAUGGUUACUUUCAAAUUUGAUUUGGAUGGUGAUAACCCUGAGGAAAUAGCUACAAUUAUGGUGCAGAAUGAGUUUAUUUUAGCAACAGAGCGAGACUCAUUUGUAGAACAGGUACGAGAGAUUAUUGAGAAGGCAGAUGAAAUGCUCAGUGAGGACGCAAGCGUGGAGCCAGAGGGGGAUCAGGCCUUGGAGAGCAUGCGCACAAAGGACGACGGCUUCUUCCCGGGGUCACAGAAAUUAGAGUUCAAACAGCCAGAUCCUACAUCUUCCAUGCCACAAAGAAUAGGGGUUCCCUCUAGCUCCUUUACCCAGGUUGUUCAUUCUGCGGGAAGACGCUUCAUUGUCAGCCCCGUCCCCGAGAGCCGGUUGAAAGAACAGGGCUUUUUCACAUCUGCUGUUGUUGGAGGAAGCGAAACUUCAGAUAUGGUUGCAGCAUCUCCUGUACAUGGUCCUGGAAUGAAUCUCUCCCACUCAGCAUCAUCACUGAGCUUGCAGCAAGCUUUCUCUGAGAUGGGGCACGCUCAGAUGACAGAAGGACCUAGCACAGCUCCUCCAGUGUUCAAUCAAACAAUCCCUCCGUUUCCACCUGCACUUUCUACCAUGGCGGGCAGCGCUGCAACUCCUGCAUCCGUGGCUACUUCUUCAGUAUCCGUUUCCUCCAGCACUGGUGUUUCUCUGCCAGGACCUGUUACUUUGCCUUCAGAAAAUGCAGCUGUUGGAGCUGCACCAAGCACAAGCGUGCCAAGCUCUAUUUCUCCACCUCCAGCCUCACAGUCCGCACAGCAAUCGACCGGCGUCGCUUCCAGCAUCAGCGCCCCCGCUUCUUUCUCCUUAUCUGCCACGUCCCAGCCUGCCCAGGCAGUGGCUGCAGACAUUGUCCCCAGCAUCAGCACACCAUCGUCCUCAGCACUGCCACCUGCCCAGCUUCCUGCUGCCACUGCCCUCGCUGCUGCAGCACCGGCUGUGACGUCUCAGUCCGCCCCUCAGAUCGUGAGCAGUAUGGCAGCACCACAGGCGUCUGUUGCCCUGUCUCUGGCUCAGAACGUGGCUUUGCAGCUUCCCCAGCUCAGCAGCAGCGGCUCUGUGUCCAGCCUGGCAGAAACAACAGUCGUAAGCGCCCCACAGUCGCUACCUGAGGCCGGGCACUCCCUGGAUAAAUCUCAUCCCUGCAAUGCAGCUGGCUUGUCUCUGCCAAUCUCGGCACCUUUAUCAUCCUCUGUAGCAUCAAGCAUAUGUGGGUCAGUCUCUCAGCCACUCAUCCAUCCCUUGCUUGUUCCAUCAGGAAUUACAUCAACACCUGUCCUGCCCCAGAUUUCAGGUGCAACACCCAUGUUGCCCCAGGUUCCCUUGCCUGGUGUCUUGCCACAGCCAGUCACUAACUUGCCUGCAGUGCAGCAGACUUUGAUCCACAGCCAGCCUCAACCGGCUCCAUUGCCCAACCAGCCUCACGUUCACUGUCUGGAGGCUGAUGCUGAUGCUCAGUCUAAAGCCCCUGGUAUUGAUGAUAUCAAGACCCUGGAAGAAAAGCUGCGCUCUCUGUUCAGUGAGCACGGGAACGUGGGCACGGUGCACCCGUCGGUGUCCCUGGAGACCUCGCUGCUGAUGGAGACCACUGUUGUUCCUGGCAUCCCAACCACUGCAGUUGCACCAAGCAAACCCCUGACAUCCAUUAGCACUUGUAUACCUCCGAGCAGUUUGCCUCUUGGACCAACUGGCUUGCCAGUGCUGACUCCAGUUGCCACUCCUGGGCAGGUGAUGACCCCUGCCAGCUACAUCUCGGCCUCGAGCAGCAUCGCCACCGCCGCGGUGAAAGCGGGGACCUCUCCUUCCAAGGCCCCUCUCAGCAGGGUACCGGUGCUCCCAAUAGGUUCUGACCUCCCGGCUGGCACUCCAUCCAGUGAGCAGCUGCCACCCUUUCCAGGACCUUCACUAACUCAGUCCCAACAGCCACUGGAAGAUCUGGAUGCUCAGCUGAGAAGAACCCUUAGCCCAGAGACCGUCCCAGUGACAUCUGCUCCUGCCUGUUCUGUGCCCUCAGUAGCAUCAACAACGGUUACUGGGCCGGUGUCCGCAGUGAAUCAGUGUCUGAAGGAUGCAGGUGAUGGGGAGAGCAGUGCUGUGGCUGCUGCAGCAGGAGGCAGCGUGCUGAAGAUGGGCCGCUUUCAGGUAUCUGUGGCAGUGGAUGAUGUGCUAAAAGAGGGUGACAAACCUGAUGCUAAGCCAGUGCAAUUUGAAACCACCUCCAGUGAUUCUUCAAGCCUGUCUGGCAGCAGCCCGGAGAGCACGCUGGUGAAGCAGGCUGAGAGCCGCAAGAGCGGGGCUGUGGCUGCCAGCUCCCUGCAUGUGCUGGAUGGCGUGGUGACUGCCAGCUCUCUGGAUGUGCUGGAUGGCGUGGUGACUGCCAGCUCCCUGCCCAUGGUGGAUGGCAUGGUGGCUGCCAGCUCCCUGCCCGUGCUGGAUGGUGUUCCCGAGGCAGCUCCCGGGCUGCCGCUGCCGGGAGACGCCGCUCAGGCCACGCAGGUGGGGCGCUUCCAGGUGACCACCACGGCGGAUCAGGUGGGACGCUUCUCCGUCUCCAAGGCUCGGGAUGAGGUCAGCUGUGCCCAGAAAGAGCCAAUGACUCUUCCUCUCUCUGUGGGCUUGGAACAAGUUGCUUCUUCGGCUGCAGCUCCGAAGAAAGAGUUGGAGUCGAGGCGGUCCCCGCACAUGAAUGGUCCGUGCUCUGAUCCGGAGGCCGCCUUUCUGAGCGGGAUGGCGAAGGAUUUGGAUGAUGGCUCAGGGAGCCCGGACUCUGUCCAGCACCUGGGAUCAAAGAUCAGCCUCCCCGUUCAGAGCCUUAGCAAUUCCUUCAACUCUUCCUACAUGAGCAGCGACAAUGAGUCGGAUAUUGAAGAUGAAGACUUGAAGUUGGAGCUGCGCCGGUUACGGGAGAAGCACCUUAAAGAGAUCCAGGAGCUGCAGAGCCGCCAGAAGCAGGAGAUUGAGUCCCUCUAUGUGAAGCUGGGGAAGGCCCCACCUGCAGUAAUUAUUCCCCCAGCUGCCCCCCUGUCAGGGAGAAGGAGAAGACCCACGAAAGGAAAAGGCAGCAAAUCCAGUCGGAGCAGCUCCCAGGGACAUAAAAGCCCUCAGCUAUCAGGCAACCUGUCAGCUCAAAGUGCACCAUCAGUCCUGCCCCCCCAGCAGACCCUUCAUCCUCCUGGCAGUGUGCCAGAGACAGGGCAGAACCAUUUGUUACAGCCCCUCAAACCUUCACCUUCCAGUGAAAAUCUCUACUCUGCCUUCACCAGUGACGGUGCCCUCUCGGUACCGAGCCUCUCUGCGCCGGGCCAAGGCUGUGCGAAGUUUAACUGUGCAUCUGAGAGAGUGACCUUCAAGCCUGGUGGCAGGAGGACCCGAUUUCUGAGUACGCCCUGCUUGGCUCUUUGGAAGAUGGUGAAAAAAGUCUGUCCUUGCAACCAGCUCUGUAGGACCAGCAGCACCAACACCGUGGGGGCUGCAGUGAACAGCCAGGCCCCCCAGCCCCAGCCCACGGCCAUGGCCUCGAGCCGCAAGGGCACCUUCACUGACGACCUGCACAAGCUGGUGGAUAACUGGGCCCGGGACGCCAUGAACCUCUCUGGCAAGAAAGUUGGCAAAGGGCACAGCAGCUACGAGGGCCCUGGAAUGGCAAGAAAAUUCUCAGCACCAGGUCAGCUCUGUAUCUCUAUGACAUCUUCCCUGGGUGCUACGCCCAUCCCUGCAGCAUCAGCUACCUCUUUAGGUCCCUUCAGCAAGGCCAUGUGUCCCCCGCAGCAGUACGGUUACCCAGCAGCGUCCUUUCCCCCGCCCUGGAGCGGCGCGGGGGGCUCGGCGCAGCCGCAGCUCGGCCAGUUCCAGCCCGUGCCUGCCGCCUCUUUGCAGAGCUUCAACAUCAGCAAUUUGCAAAAGUCCGUCAGCAACCCUCCGGGCUCCAACCUGCGGACCACCUAGCCGGGCCCGGAGCCCUGCUGGCUACGCCUGGGGACAGGACGUGGGGAGGGAGACGGGGCCCUGUAUCACACUAGUGCUGCAAUGAACUGCUGCCUUGCCAGACUGGGAAUGAAUCUCUCUUUUCCAACCAUUGCUGUCCACUCUCUGUAGCGGGAGUUUCCCCACGCGCUGGGAAGGGGGAGGAGGGUGAUGAGCAUCCCUGUGAUGGGACAGUGCUUUCCAUGGGGGCUGCUCUCGUGUGGGGAGGGGCCGUGGGCUCCGUUCGUACGGUCUCGCUGUAAAAGGUUUCUGGUUGGAGGCUGAAUCCACACAAGUGUGGAGGCAGAGCUGAACCCUGGCACGAGGCUUUAGCAGGCUUCUCGCCUCUUGCAGAGGAACCAAGAUCAGGAAAAAGCUGUCCAAAUCCCCCUCCUCUCCCUCUCCCCAGUCAAUCGUAUCUGGCUCUGAAACGUGAUGGGGCACACGAAUGGACUUGCGGUGCAGCCCGUGCUUGAUAGGUCAUUACUGCUUUAAGUAAGAUAUUAACAGCUUUGACUGCAGCAUUAGAGCAUUGUUAAAUUGUUAAAAAAAAAAAUUUAAAAGUUCCCUGCGGACAUGUACUUACCAUCAGUUUUGAUGUGGAAACACUGUGAUAUAUAAAUGUUGUUGGACAACAGUAGUUUAAAAAUGAGUGGAAUAUAGAGGGUUAAAAAAGUUAAAAAGAAAAAAUGGGAAAAAAAGCUAGCUAUAUCCUUAUACUUAUUGGAGACACUUUAACUUUUUCCUUUGUAUUUUCAUUGUAUUAGAUAAAUAAAUGUGAAUGUAAAAUUGUAUAAAUUAAUGUACUUGAAUACUUGUCUGUUCUCCCAGUAUGCUUGCUGGAUAUUUUAGUGCCUUGGACUUCUCUCGCUUCUGCAGUUUAGCGUCGUCUUCCCAGCAGAGCCCAGGUGGGCAGAGGGCAAGCUGAGGCCAGGAUGUUUGUGCCCAGGGCCAGCCCCUGCUGGGAGCAGCAGCGGGCAGGGGAGGCACCGGGGCCGCGGCUCGGAGCAGUUCUGGGUGUGGGGAAACUUGUCCAGGCGGGCAGAGCUGAAGGUGUGGGGUGACAGGGGCCAGGUGGGCUGGGACAGAGGGGAGCAGGUGAAGCUACAACGAGACUGAACCAAUAUUGGCUCUGGAGGCAGGAGGGCUGGGUCAGAAACGGAGAGAGGAUGGGGAGAAGGUGUGUCUUGGGGAAAGGCCCUACUUAAGAUGCGGUUUGACUCCACCUGCAAAGUGGUGAAGAUGUUUGGUCAGGAUGUGACUCGAGGGAGAGGUGCCAUUGCUCGUUGGCAUGGGCUGGUCUGCUGGGAUUGCUUUUCUUACCUUUUCUUUUGGUAAAAUUCAUUUAAGCCAGGAACAGACUGUCCUGGUGCAACGUCCAUUGCCGGCAAUGGAUGUACUUGAAACAGCCGGCAUCAAGAAGUUUCCUCUCUCUUACUUGGAGGAUUUACAAUUUUGUUCACUCUUAACAAAUUUCAAGCUGGUACCAGGACUGUCACUGUCUGUCACUUGUCACCUCUUAGUACCUGUACUGUAUCUUCUGCUUUGGUCAUUCUUCCCUUUUUGUAUUUAAGAAAUACUGGUUUCCUCUUCAAAGUCAAAAUAGUUCCAGCCAGUAUUUUUGUAGUGCUGCAGAAAGCUGUGAGGGUGAGGGUGCAGCUUCCAGGGGCUUGGGAGCAGCUCCCGGUGUCCUGGAGGCCGGUGUGUCACAGGGAUGUCACUUGUCCACAGUGGCUUUAAUUUCAGAGCGCUGUUCCCUGCUGGGGCCUCACUCUUCCAUUUCCACACAGCAACCUGCGAGAUCCUUUCUCUUCUGUCCCUUGUUUUGCAGCAGCUGUGGCAGCAGGGCAAGGCCCAGCCUGGAGAGGAGCAGCUCCAGGCCAGGGUGGUUCUGGGGGACAGGAGAUGCUCCAGAGGCACAGGAGAUGCUCUGGGGCACAGGAGAUGCUCUGGAGGGACAGGAGAUGCUCUGGAGGCACAGGAGGUGCUCCAGAGGCACAGGAGGUGCUCCAGAGGCACAGGAGAUGCUCCAGGGCACAGGAGAGGCUCCAGGGCACAGGAGAGGCUCCAGGGCACAGGAGAGGCUCCAGGGCACAGGAGAGGCUCCAGAGGCACAGGAGAUGCUCCGGGGCACAGGAGAUGCUCCGGGGCACAGGAGAGGCUCCAGAGGCACAGGAGAGGCUCCAGGGCACAGGAGAGCAGCGGUGCCGGGGCUGAGGCCAGGUGGGAGCCCCUGUCUGCAGGGGGAUGGAUGCAGGGGAGGCUCCUGAGCAGGGACAGAGCUGAGGCAGUAAUGAGAUGAGGGCAGUGGUCGUGGCAGGGGAACUGGGCAGCUGGAUGCAGCACAUGGUUAUUUAAAUUUGAUCUGAUGAGUUUGAAGCCGUUUUUUCACUUAAUGUUAUGCAAGAACUGGUUUUAUUUACCAUUGAUUUUUGUUUUCUCCCUCCCUCUCCUCCUGUGGAUGAAUAACUGAAGUCUAGAGGAAUAAACUAAUGCUACUGAACUGUUAAAUUAUUUUGUUUAAUAUUACACUUUGAGUAUCUUUUUCCACAUAAAAUCUGUUUCUGAAUUACAAGCGUUUUCUUUACAUUAUUUAACAAUGUACACUGUAAAAAAUAAAAAUUAAAAAAAAAUAAAAUUAAUUGAAACUUUGGG